AUGCUGGCGUCAGCUAUUUUGUCCUGGACUUCGGUGGAUGCUUUGACAACAAAGCGAGGACAAGAAGGAGGGCAGAAUGUUGAGCUGCUAUUGAACCAGUUACUUGUAGAGUUGGACGGUGGAGACCAGCGGAAGGGUGUAAUUGUCAUUGGUGCCACUAAUAGACCGGAUGUAAUGGACCCUGCUGUUUUGCGACCCGGAAGAUUUGGUAAGCAUAUUUAUGUUCCCCUGCCCAGUAAAGAUGAGCGUGGUUUCAUCUUAAAAGCUCUUGCAAGGAACAAGCCUAUAGAUUCCCGUGUAGAUCUGAGCGAGAUUGGACAGAGAAACGCAUGCGAAAAUUUUACUGGAGCUGAUCUUGCUGCACUGAUGCAUGAAGCUACCAUGGCUGCUGUUGAAGAGAAAGUGACAUCAAUCGCGAGUUCGGAUUCAUCUCCCUGCACAAUCAAAGAAACUCACUUUGAGAAAGCACUGGCUAAAAUCACACCAUCUCUAACAGACGAGGAUUUGCAAGACUAUCAGAUAUUUGGCGAAAACAGGGCUAAUGGAUUCAAGGCCAAAAAAUAUGAAAAUGACCAUGACAUAGAUGCUUCUUUGGAAAAAGAAAAAGAAAAGCUCACGGCUGAUUUUCAGAAAGCAGUUCAAGAGGAUCCGCCUUCGUUAAAAAGACAAGGAUUCUCUGCAAUUCCUGAUGUGAAAUGGGCAGAUGUUGGUGAUGAUGCUUUGAGGCACGAACUUGAUCUUCAUAUAGUCAAUCGUAUUAAGUAUCCUGAGAUCUAUGAGGUAACCAGUAUCAAGCUAGAGACAGGUUUUCUGCUCUAUGGUCCUCUAGGGUGCGGUAAAACAUUGAUCGCCAAGGCUGUUGCUAAUGAGGUAGGAGCUAACUUCAUUCACAUUAAGGGCCCUGAACUUCUGAAUAAAAAGUGGGGAGAAAGUGAGAAGGCAGUUCGAACAUUGUUCAGCCGUGCAAGGGCGUGCACACCAUGCAUACUUUUCUUUGAUGAGGUGGAUGCUUUGACAACAAAGCGAGGACAAGAAGGAGGGCAGAGUGUUGAGCGCUUACAAUUGCAGUUACUUGUAGAGUUGGACAGUGGAGAGAAGCGGAAGGGUGUAAUUCUAAUUGGUGCCACUAAUCGACUGGAUCUAAUGGACCCUGCCGUUUUACGACCCGGAAGAUUUGGUAAGCAUAUGUAUGUCCCCCUGCCCAAUAAAGAUGAGCGUGGCUUCAUCUUAAAAGCUCUUGCAAGCAACAAGCCUAUGGAUUCCAGUGUUAAUCUAACAAUUGAUUAUGGAGAAGAAUUGGAAGGAUUUAGUUUUGUGAUUGGGAUUUUCUGA